UCAAAGUAUUCCAAUAUGAGGUUCUUCCAAUGGGAUGAAUGGACUGCGAAUAGCAGCCAAUGGGAGCGGCUUUCCUGUACUAUAAAACAAACGCUCCAUCACGAUCUAGUGCUGGAGAACAGACAGACGCCACAUAGAGUUCAUACUCCUACCGGAAAAAUAGGGAUCUUUGUCUCCUCUCAGUCUUCCUCUAGUUCUAGCACCCCACAACCCACGAAAACCACAGCCAUGCCUUUUGGGAACAGUCACAACCAGCUGAAGAUGAAGAACUCCUCUGAGCAGGAAUAUCCCGACCUCAGCAAGCACAACAACCAUAUGGCCAAGGUCCUCACACCGGCGCUGUAUGAGAAGUUGCGCUCCAAACAGACACCCAGCGGGUUUACGCUGGACGACGUAAUCCAGACCGGGGUAGAUAACCCAGGCCACCCAUUCAUUAUGACUGUGGGUUGUGUGGCUGGGGAUGAGGAGACCUAUGAUGUGUUCAAGGAGCUGCUGGACCCUGUUAUUCAGGACAGACAUGGAGGAUACAAACCCACAGACAAACACAAGACCGACCUCAACCCAAGUAACCUCAAGGGCGGUGAUGAUCUUGACGCCAAUUACGUGCUGAGCUCUCGCGUCAGAACAGGCAGGAGCAUCCGUGGAUUCUGUCUGCCGCCCCACUGCAGUCGUGGAGAGAGAAGAGCUGUUGAGAAGCUCUCUGUGGAAGCUUUGGGAGCCCUGACUGGGGAUCUCAAAGGAAAAUACUACGCCCUGAAAAACAUGACAGACGCCGAGCAGCAGCAGCUCAUCGAUGACCAUUUCCUGUUUGACAAGCCUGUGUCUCCCCUGCUGCUGGCCUCAGGGAUGGCUCGUGAUUGGCCUGACGCCAGGGGGAUCUGGCACAAUGAUAACAAGACAUUCCUUGUGUGGGUGAAUGAGGAGGACCAUCUGCGUGUCAUCUCCAUGCAGAAAGGUGGCAACAUGAAGGAGGUCUUCAACCGUUUCUGCACAGGUCUCACUAAGAUUGAGGAGUUGUUCAAAAACAAGGGUCACGCGUUCAUGUGGAACGAGCAUCUUGGCUACGUCCUCACCUGCCCAUCUAACCUCGGCACAGGCCUGCGCGCAGGAGUGCACGUCAAACUGCCUAAUCUUAGCAAGUACCGCCAGUUUGAGGAGAUCCUCAAGAGACUGAGACUGCAGAAACGCGGAACAGGUGGUGUGGACACUGCGGCUGUGGGUGGUGUUUUUGACAUCUCCAACGCUGACCGCCUGGGCUUCUCUGAGGUGGAGCUGGUGCAGAUGGUGGUGGAUGGAGUCAAACUGCUGAUAGAGAUGGAGAAACGGCUAGAGAAAGGCCAGGCCAUUGAGGACCUCAUGCCUGCCCAAAAGUAGACUCACUUCAAAAUCUCACUUCCAACAUUCUUCUCUCUCCACUUCCCCCCACCUUUGUUCAUUGAUUGACUGACUGUUUGUUGACUUGUUCUUGGAAGAUAUGAUUUAUUUAAGGGUCCUUUGUCUCUGCUCUGGCGAGUUUUUGUUACACACACAGAUGUCACAGAGCAACAGAUGGAUGAGAAUGUCUGAGAAUAAAAUUUGACUCGUGUUGA